AUGGCGAUCCCAGCUGCCAUUGUUGUUUUGCUAUUGGGCAUUCUGUUCUUCUGUUCUGGGCUCGCCGUUAGCAUAAUCCAGGCAUUGUGCUAUGUGCUGAUAAGGCCUCUUUCAAAGAGCACUUACCAGAGGAUAAGCCGGCUGGUUGCUGAGCUAUUAUUGCUCGAGCUCGUGUGGCUGAUCGACUGUUUUAUGCCUUUGGAUGGGAAGCUUUUCUUGCCUUACAGAUUCUGCAUGCAUUAUAAUAGUUUUCUUUUGUCUAGCUUGUGUGGAAAUGCACGAACAAUCGUUAAAAAUGUAAAGAGCAUGCACUUGUCAUGUGCAACCAUUGAUUGGCUUGUUGGAUGGGUUUUGGCUCAGGGUUUUGUCACAGCAGUAAGUCGCAGGCGAUCAUUUGUUCCUGCUAUAUAUGAUGUAAAGGUUUCUAUUCCCAAAGCAUCUUCUCAUCCAACCAUGCUCAGGCUUUUCAAAGGACAGUCUUCAGUGGUUCAUGUACACCUCAAUCGACACUUGAUGAAGGAUUUGCCAGAAACUGCUCAAUGGUGUAGAGAUGCCUUUGUGCUUCACUUCUACCCAGACAAGCAUAUAGCUGAGGGCUCCUUUGGUGAAUGA